UUUGGCCGCCAGUUUCAGUUUCUCCUUUACAAUGGCUACCCAGGUUUGUUCCAUCUUCCCCAGAAGCCUCAUAUGUUUGUGAUUCAUUAAUGACUACAAGUUAAGCUGUACCUGUUCAUCACUCAUAAGCCUCACUGUUUAAACUCAGAUAUAUCGUAUCUGCUAACUAAGGUGGUAAUAACUGCAUUCAACGUUGUACCUACACAGUUGUCAUAACUUUUCUCUGUUAUGAAACGUAACGUUUAAAUUACUUGGAUUACUCUACUUAAUGUAUAGAGUUGCUGAUUUGUUACGGUUGGAUAAAAUGUCACAGUCUCCCUAUCUUGAAGAAAUUUUUGGUGUUUUCUCCAAAGUCAUGAGAAGUUUGUUAGUCUUCCCCGAAUUUUGCAGAAAAAUCCUAGUGUUGUAAAAUUGUGUGGAAAUAUUCAAUCAAACCUCUAACUCCUGCGAAUCUUGGAAAAUUUUGAGGGUUGUGUACCAUUUCCCUAAGGUUUUCUAUUGCGGCUUCCUCAAAAGAUCCCCAAAAUAGAAGAUUGGAACAUUAGGAUCCGAGGUGUCUGUUUUGAUGUGUGUUAUCUACAUAAAUCUUAAUGAAUUCUAUAUUUUAGCGACUUUUGUUGAACUGCAAUUAAACCCUGUCGGUUUCUGUAUAUGAGCAUUCCAUCAAACCAAGGGAAGUAACACCGUAAGCGCUACUCACUAAUUUUUUAAUACGGUAGCUCAUUGUUUGUGUCAAGUCUCUGUAUUAGAGACACGUUUCAUUGAAAGUGCAGUUUGCAACUUAUUCUCUAUUCGUACUAUUUUAAUCCCCUUACCAUUUCUCAAGCUUACUCUACUUACUCUGAUACCGCGAUUAUGUAGAUAGUGUUAGUGAUAGCAUAGCGCAUAACUCAAAUUAUUAGUUCAGAAUACAUUUCCUCCUUCUAAAUGUACGAUUUUGUUUCAGGACUAGUCUAACUUAAUCAUGCUGAGUGAAAUAGUUAAGGACGUCAAUCAUUUCACUAGUCGUGUACGCCUCAUCAGCCUUAUUGGUUACUAUCUGAUGAAAUCUCAGUACGGAUUCAUCUAAGCUUGAUUGGCUUGGGCCACUUGCACUGCAGUCAGUAUAUCCGUCUGUUAUCAAAGGCACGAGUACACUAAGUUGUUUGCUUCGCAGUUAACAAACGGUUUUUAAAAGGACAUUCCAGUUGCUAGUGUUUAGUCAUAGGUGUCUUCGGACCACUAUUGGAGCACGUUGGGACUAUCGAGUAAGCAAUGCCGGUGUUAAACACAGUAUUAGGCUGUAGCUGUAAGAUUUUUUAUCUUUAUCAACUGAGAUGGGUGAAAUACAUGCCUGUCUAACCACCUCCUACUUUGACGUCUAAUGGUGGUUGGUGUAAGAGCAAGUUCAGAGAGGGACAGCCAAACCAAGAUGUGGUUUCAACCCAUGAAGUCAUAUACUGUUGUACUGUGCCCUGUUGGGGACCACACAAUUAUUGUGACUAAUGAUCAGGGGCAUUGCAUGGAGCUUUAGAAUCAGGAUUUAUAUGCUGUUAGUACAUAAAUAGAAGACUAAUGUUUAAUUAAUCCAAUACUUUAAACAUUCUAACGUUCGCUCAGUUUUAGACCUUGUAGCCUAUCGGGGUUUCCACUUAACAGAAUCUUGUACUUUGAAUCGGUCAGAGACCGUAAAAAGAGAUUAAUCUCAUAAAGGUCAAAUCCAGUAAAGUCGGUAUGCAAUAAAUGAGUGUGCAUAACCUGUUGAAGUUACCUCCACAGUUCUUCGCAUGACUCACUAAAUUUGAAAAUACCUUAGGUAAGACAAUACGCAUUUUCAAGUCUGUGAUUACACACCCAAUGGAGGAUGUAGACCCAAUACUACCCUCUCUAAUUUUGAAAUCUCAAUCCCACAAUUUUUCUGCUUCUCAUGUCCAAUUAAGUCUCACAUGAUUAUGGUAUCUAAUGCCUCAGAAGCUACAAUAAACAAACAUCUGUUUUGUAAUUAUCACAAGAAGUUAAUAUUCUUCCGAAACCGUCUGCUACUGUUUUUCCAUUUCUGCACUCAAUUUAAUGCCUCAACACUACUUUCUGACCUACGUUCCUGAUAACAUUCAUGGUUAUAUCUAUAAGUCCUUCCAUUUGUCAUUGUUUUAAGUCUGUCAUAGUUUAAUUGGUAAGAGCUACAAUGACAGUUGACAAAAAAUUGAAGCUGUUCGCAAGUAGGUUGUUUCCUCAUUCCUCUUAAUCUAAGACAUUAUUAAUGCUCAUCUUUUUCAGUGAUGUUCUCACUGAUCAGAACUAGUCAUACAACUGUUUUUGGACAUGGUAACAAGGAUGUUUUUUUCCUUCUUAAGGAACCUCAGUGCGUUCCUUUCGACUUCUUUAUUUCUAGAGGAAAUUAGAAUAAACUUCUUAAAAACUACAUUUUGUCUUGUUAUAAUCACUCAAGUGCUUAACAUCCAUGUCCAAUAAACAAUGUAGUUUUGCUCUUCAACAGUAGUACUACAAAUUAUCUGAUUAUAAGUAUAUUUUCCUGGUAACCACUAUUUUGGCUUAAGCAUUUUAAGGUCAUUGCUGUUCGUAUUAUGUUCAGUAAUUAUACUUCAUUUUAGAGUUUUUCCCCUUAGUAAAUGUAAUUUUACGUGGUAGAAUGCUGUGUUUGAUUGUAUUCUUUUGAGCGUAAUAUUCCUCGCACAUUCGUUUCCAGUCCAUCUUUUUUAAAUCUUGUUUUCAGUAUAAACUGAGCUCCUCACAAAGAGACCGCGUAAAAAAGUUCAGUGCUAUUACUCGAAGUUCUGAUAAGGUUGCUAUUGACUGCCUUCAGAUGAGCAAUUGGAGGUUAGAACAGGCCGUAGAUUACUUCUACAGACAGAAUCCAACUCCUCAAGGACCUACUAUUAAUGAGGCGAAAAUUGACCAUCUCUUCCAGCGUUAUCGUGAUCCUCAGUGUCCUGAUCGCAUACUAGCUACAGGGAUGGAGCUAUUUCUUGUCACAGAUCUCCAUAUUGACCCAGAAAGUUUAAUUACUUUAAUCCUAGCUUGGAAGUUUUCAGCAAAAACCCAAGGAGAAUUUACUCGCGAGGAGUUUUUUCGUGGGUUUAGAGAGUUGGGGUGUGAUUCAAUCAGUUCCUUGCGUAAUAAACUUCCUAGUCUCUUAAGUGAUAUAGAAGACAAACAAAAUUUUCGUUCUUUAUACUUAUUCACAUUUGGUUUUGCUAAUUUGGAUAAACAUGAAAGUAAAUCAUUAGUUCUUCAGUACGCUAUUCCCUACUGGGAAAUUCUUCUACGUGGUCGAUUUUGUCACUUAUCCCUAUGGUUUAAAUUCCUUCAAGAACAUCAUAAACGUCCGAUUUCUAAGGACACAUGGGACCUUCUUCUAGACUUUGUUGAAACAAUUUAUCCUGACAUGUCUAAUUACGAUGAAGAAGGUGCUUGGCCAGUACUGAUUGAUGAAUUCGUCGAAUGGGCAAGGCCUCAAGUUCAGAUGGAUAUUCCACUAACAAACCACCCAUGAUCUUAUCAUAUAAUUUUGGGAUGGUAUUUAUUCUUUGUGAAAUAUGCAGCUAUGUUAACCUCACAUUAUUUUCAGUUAGAACAUUUGUAAAGCUCGUCUUAUCUUUCUUCUACAACUAUCUUUCUCUUCAGGUUUUCUCCCUGUCUUUGCAAAUUAUUAAGUCACGAAUAAACUCUCACUUUCAAUGUGUAGUCUGCUUGCGUAUUCAGUCAUGGUUCUCUCGAAAAUUUUAUUGGCAAUUAGAACCGGUGAAUUGAGGUAAAUUCACAUCGAAAUAUAUGUGAGACCAGUCUCAGUCCAACUAACCGUAUGCUACAACACUUUACUUCGUAUUUAGUACAUUAUUCAGAAUUUCGAGUCAAUAUUUUGUUGUCUUUCUUUUAAAGGUGUUCAGUUAUUGGCUAAAAGACCAGUAUAUUAAAGAACAUACACUUUAGAAUAUUAUUCUUUGUCGUUUGCCUUGUUAACCUCCCAGAAAGAUUAGUACUUCACAUAUGUACCUAGUAUACUUAGCACUUCAUUUUUCUACAAUGCUGUAGGUUAUUCUAUCAAACUACAGUGUUAGUGCCAACUAAUAUUUCAAUCUGUUGAUGUACGCCUCAUCCCUACAUCACCUCCUAUCCAGGUUAUUUUUCCAGUGCACAUGUCCCCGAAAUUUCUUAUCUUGGCAUCUAACAUGUAAACUGUAUAAAUUUUGUUCAAAUAUAUAUUAUAUUCUUAU